AUGAUCCCCUCGUGCAGAGUCCAUUCUGGCUCCGCUGCAGGCCUGAGCUGGGACAGGGUGUCAGCACACUGCUCACCUGUCUGUGUUUCUCCCCAGGCCUACGGCAUCGUCUGGAAAGCAAUCGACCGCAGGACAGGAGAAAUAGUUGCUGUUAAAAAGAUUUUUGAUGCUUUCAGAAACAGGACGGAUGCUCAGAGAACAUUUCGAGAGAUUAUGUUCCUGCAGGAAUUUGGAGAACAUCCAAAUAUCAUCAAGCUGCUCGAUGUUAUCCAAGCUGAGAAUGACAAGGAUAUCUACCUCAUCUUCGAGUCCAUGGAGACAGAUUUACAUGCUGUUAUUAAGAAGGGGAAUUUGCUGAAAGACAUCCACAAGUGUUACAUUCUCUACCAGCUCCUGAAGGCAACUAAAUUCAUCCACUCGGGGAAUGUCAUUCACAGGGAUCAGAAGCCCUCCAAUGUCCUGCUGGAUGCAGAGUGCUGUGUGAAGCUGUGUGACUUCGGGCUGGCCCGUUCCCUGUGCCAGCAGGGCGAGGAGCAGCCCAGCCCCGCGCUGACCGAGUACGUGGCCACGCGCUGGUACCGCGCCCCCGAGAUCCUCCUGGCCUCUCACAGUUACACUAAAGGUGUAGACAUGUGGAGCAUUGGCUGUAUUCUGGGAGAGAUGCUGCUUGGGAAGCCUCUUUUCCCUGGAACAUCAACAAUGAAUCAAAUAGAGCAGAUCCUAAGGGUCAUCCCUGCUCCCUCCCCAGAAGAUAUUCUGGCUCUGCAGUCAGAGUACAAGGCCUCAGUUAUUAACCACAUGAGUUCCCGGCAGCGAGUAACAUUUGAGGAGAUUUUCCCAUCCUCUACUCCACUACCUGCCUUGGAUCUGCUGAAGAAACUUCUGGUAUUUAACCCUGACAAACGGCUCACAGCAGAGGAGGCUCUGCAGCAUCCUUAUGUGAACAGAUUCCACUGUCCUUCCAGGGAGCCCUCUUUGGAUUAUAAUGUGGUCCUUCCUUUGGGUGAUGAUGUCCAGCUGUCUGUGGCAGAAUAUCGAAAUAAAUUAUAUGAGUUGAUCCUUGAAAAAAAAUCAAGGAGCCUUCUAAAGGAGCGAGGGCGGAGAGAAAACAUUCAGCUGAGCCAGUCUGAAUCCAGCCCACUUCUCCCAAAUUUCAGCUCAGUGACUGUACCCACCAGAAAAGUCCAGCAAGAACCAGCACCUCCUCUCCUAAACCCUUCACAUGUGCAUGCAGGAGCCACAGCUGGAGUCCAGCCAACAGGAUCCAGCCAGAGCAAGGAUUUGGCCAGAACUGUGUGUCAGAGAUCACAGAUCAGUGUGAUGAUGUACAACCCCAUCACACACACCACUGUGCAGAGAAAUGCAAAUCCUGGUGCUGGGAUCAGGAACUUUUCUGCCCCACCUCAACAGCCCAGAAUCUCCAACAAUGGGAAACUAGGGAGACAAAUCUCAUGGACAAAGACUGGGCUCCCUCCUACAAGUGUGCAGAACCUUUACAAUGUGAGUAGCUUAACUUCUAACCCUUACCUGUGGUAA